AUUUAGAUUAGAAGAGGAAAUAUAGACGGCAAUGAUGCAUUUAAAAUGUUACACUUUUCAUUGCUUGAAAAGAUUCCUCAUUGGGUUUAAUGGUUUACUGUUGUUAUUUGGGUUGCUUCUUGCAACACUACAUGUUUACUUCACAGUGAAUAAAGUUUUAAAAAGCUGGCCUAUAAAUGGUGGGAUUAUUGGAAUAGGAGUAAUUUUGAUUUUAUUGGCUUUUUGUGGUCUUCAGGGCUCAGCAAAACAACAUCAAAUAACACUUUUUUUUUAUAUAAUAAUUUUAGGACUAAUUUGCUUGAUAAUGUUCGCAUUUUCAAUAAUUGCAUUGUCUGUUAAUAAAUCACAAAAACACUCUGUUCUUACUCAUGGUUGGAGCCAGCUUUCAAACUUUACUAAAUCUGAUAUACAAAAAUUAGGAAACUGCUGUGGUUUUUAUGAAGGUGUUCAUAAUAAAACAGUUAUUGAUGAUGCAGGUUGUUCUGAUUUAAAAUGUUACCAAGAUAUAUCAGGUUGUCUAAGUUGCCUUUCCCUUAUUGAAAAUGAUUGGUUUAUAACUUUUUGUCAAUCUAUUGGUGGAGUGGGAUUGUUUGUUUCACUUUUAAUGGUUAACAAAAAGUUGAAUAAAUUGAAUUGUAAUGGCAUCAUUAGAAAAUGCUGUUGGUAUUGCUGAUAUGAUAUUGUUAGAUCCACUUACAGAAAAUUCUUUACUACAAAAUUUGAAGAUACGAUAUGAAAAAUGCAUUAUUUAUACUUAUAUUGGAGAUGUUGUGGUUUCUGUAAAUCCUUAUAAGUUAUUGAAUAUAUAUUCUGAAGAUGUUAUCUCUGAAUAUCGAACAAAAAAUGUGUUUGAGUGCCCUCCACAUGUAUAUUCUUUGGCAGACGAUGCUUAUUGUAAUAUGAGAGAUUAUAAUCGAGAUCAAUGUAUUAUUAUAUCUGGGGAGAGCGGCUCUGGAAAAACUGAGGCAUCCAAAGUUGUGAUGAGAUAUGUGGCAUCAGUGUCAGUCCAUGAAGCGCGAGUAGAACAUGUUAAAGAACAGCUACUCCAAUCAAAUCCUGUGUUAGAAGCUUUUGGAAAUGCUAAGACAACAAGAAAUGAUAACUCCAGCAGAUUUGGAAAGUAUAUGGAUUUAGAAUUUGAUUUCAAAGGUUAUCCUAUUGGUGGUGUCAUUACAAAUUAUUUACUUGAAAAGUCUCGUGUUAUUCAACAAGCAUCAGGUGAAAGAAAUUUUCACAUAUUUUACUAUCUCUUAAAGGGUGGUUCUGAGAAAUUAUUAAAAUCUCUUCAUCUCAUGAGAGCCUUCGAAAAUUAUACUUUAUUAAAUGGGAGUGGCUGUGUUUCUGUUGCAACAAUUAAUGAUGCUAUCAUGUUUGUUGAUAUGGAGAAUGCCAUGAAGAAAAUCGGGUUUUUUGAGAAUGAAAUUGAAGGGAUUUAUAGAUUGGUAGCAGGUGUUUUGCAUCUUGGUAAUGUUCAAUUUACUGAUACUUUUAAAAAUGGUGUCGAUACCGUUGAAAUUGAAACUUUUAAUGAUAUCGAGUUAGCUGCAAAACUAUUUGGUUGUUCUCCUCAAACACUUACAAAUAUUCUUAUUGCUAGAACUGUUGAAUCUGGUUCUGAUAAAGUGCUUUCAUCACUUAGUAAAGGAAAGGCUGUUUAUGGUCGGGAUGCACUCUGUAAAGCUAUUUAUAAUAAACUGUUCAACUGGAUUAUAUUUCGUAUUAAUGACAAAAUCAGAGCUCCUAAAGUUUCUUAUGGAAAAAAAGUCAUUGGUGUUCUUGACAUUUAUGGUUUUGAAGUUUUUCAGGAGAAUGCAUUUGAGCAAUUCAUCAUUAAUUAUUGCAAUGAAAAACUUCAGCAACUUUUUAUUGAACUCACCCUCAAAACUGAACAAGAAGAAUAUGUUAGAGAGGGAAUUGAAUGGAUUAACAUUGAUUAUUUUAACAAUGCAAUCAUUUGUGAAUUAAUUGAUGCUCCAAAAGUUGGUAUGUUGGCCUACCUAGAUGAGCAAUGUCUGUUACCUGGAAAUAUAACAGACAAAAAAUACCUCGAAAUUUUGGAUAGGAUAUGUUUAUCCCAUAAUCAUUAUGAUAGUCGUCUGAAGAAUCGAUCUGAUACAACUAUUGGUUUUGAAUGCUUUAAAUUGCGCCAUUAUGCUGGAGAUGUGAUAUAUAAUGUGAAUGGGUUUAUAGACAAAAAUAAUGAUCUUUUGUUUAAAGAUAUGUCACAAGCUAUGUUUAUGUGCUCUCAUCCAUUCCUAAAAGAUAUGUUUGAUGAAGGUAAUCCUGGUAAUAAUAACAAAAAGCGUCCUCCUACUGUUGGCUCACAAAUGAAGUCAUCUGUUUCCGAACUUAUGAGAGAUUUAUUGAGCAAAAGACCUCACUAUAUAAGAUGUAUAAAGCCCAAUGAAAUGAAGGCACCUGGUCAAUUUUCUGAUGAUAUUGUACUUCACCAGAUAAGAUACUUGGGAUUAUUAGAAAACAUUAGAGUCAGACGUGCAGGAUAUUGCUACAGGCAAUUAUACCCUGAUGUCAUGCAAAGAUACAAGAUGCUGUGCUCUGACACAUGGCCAGUAUACCAUGCUGGUACAGCUAAAGAAGGAGUUUUAACAAUUAUGAAAAAACUUCGUGUUGAUUCUCCUGAAGUUGAAUAUGGAAAAACAAAAUUGUUUAUUCGAGAUCCAAGAACAGUUUUUUUUCUUGAAGAUAAAAGACGCGAAAGAGUUUUGGAUUUAGUUAUUUUAAUCCAAAAGAUUGUAAGAGGGUGGUUAGCAAAAAUCAAGUUUCAGCGAAUGAAGGUUAGUCAAAUAAAAAUAGCAAGUCAUGUGAGAAAGUAUCAGGCACGACAGCAAUUUUUAAAAAUAAGAUCUGCAACUAUUCGAUUACAGGCUCUUGUAAGAGGACACCAUGAUAGAAUUGUUUACCAAAAAAAACUUCGCAAAUACGCUGCACCUAAAAUUAUUCACUUUAUAAAACAAUGUUUGGCGGUUCGUUUUAUUUUGGUUCUAAAAAAUAAUCUUCCUUCACUUUCACCAUUGGAUGAGAAAUGGCCAAAGUUAUUUGUACUUUUUAAUGUGGCUUCAGAUCAUCUAAAAAUACUUCAUCAUCGUUGGAGGUGUCGAAAAUAUAGAGAUAACAUUUCAAAUGACAAGAAAAAAAUUUUCAGUGAAAAGCUAAAAGCUAGUGAACUAUUCAAAGAACAAAAAAGUAGUUAUCCAGCAAGUGUGGGAGUUCCCUUCGCUGGUGAUAAAAUAGGUUUAAAUAACAUGCCACAAUGGUUAAAGAUGAAGAGCAAGCAAACAAGUGAAAUUAUAGUUAUUGUGGCAGAUGUGGCAAACAAAGUCAAUCGAACUAAUGCAAAGGAAAUUCCAAAGUUUUUAAUCUUAUCACCGUCGCACAUUAUUUUAUUGAAUCAAAAGUCUUUAGGUUUGUCACAUAAAAUAGAAAUAAAUAGUUUGGUUAAAAUUACAACAAGUCCGUUUAAAGAUGGUUUCAUGGCUUUACAUUUAAAAGAGGACACGUUUAAUAAAAGUUCUCAGAAGGGAGACUUGUUAUUGUAUUGUUCAAAUCUGAUCGAAAUUGCCACAAAAAUUGCAAUAUGUUACAAAGAUGCUACUAAACAAGAAUUGCGGGUUGAAAUUGUAUCUAAAUUUCCUCUAAACAUUAAAGGAAAGUCGAUGCAAGUAGUAGUAUCUUCAGAAAAAAACACUAUUGAUAUAUCUAUUAAAAAGAAAGGAAGUCAGUUUUUUAUUCAAUGUUGAUGUCUUCAAAGUAUUGUUUCGUAUUUUACUAUUCGUUAAUAUUGAUUAUGGCGGAGUUCCUUUUAGUUUUUAUUCCAAUUACAACAUCGAACGCUGAUUACGAAUGUUUGAUGCGUUUUAAAUUUUAUUUAUACAGACAACUGGUAAAGAAAAUUAUUUAUGGGUAACUUAUUUUAUUAUUAGAGGAUUUGGAUUUAGAGAGUUAUUAAAAGUUCAUUUUUAUAUAGAGGUUAUGGAAAUAUGUUCAUUUUUAUAUUAAGAUUAUAAAGCCAUGUUCAUUUUUAUAUUGAGGUUGGGAAGCCAUGUUCAAUUUUAUAUUGAAGUUAUGACGCCAUGUCUGUUUAUUUUUAGUACUUUUUAAAAAUUUUUAUCUCAGAUUGUGUUUUUAUUUUUAUGUUGAAUUUUAAUAAAUAUUUUGUUAUAUUUCUUUUUUAUAUUUCUAUAUACUCAUGUUAACUUUGGAUUUUUUUUUUAAAGUUUAUAACUUAUUACAAAUUUAUGAUUUUUUUCGGGUAUUUAUGGAAGGCUUCUUUUGUAAAUAUUUGUAAAAAAAAAAAAAAGUAUUUGAUUUAUUUUUUUAUUUUUUUAAAGUCUUCAAUUUAAAUUUUAGGUUUUACUAAAUUUUUAUAAUACAUUUUUUAAUUAUAAACUUUUUAUUUAUACAAGAUGUUUUUAGUUAGAAGAACUGUUAUCAACAAGUG